CGGGGAGGCGGGGAGCGGGGCGGUGCAGCCGGCCCGGCCCUGCCCGCCCCGUCCCGCCGCCGGGCUGCGUCCUGCCGCCGCGGCCUGGCGCUGUGUCCCGGCCAGGCAGAGCGAGCUCUAGGCCAUUAACAAGAUCCCUGGGACCUACUCUGAGCUCUCCAGGGACAUCACUUGUGAGCACUCUAUUUUGGGCAUGUUCUCAGAGUUGAAGUUUCCUGUGCCCUGGGGCCAUGUGGCAGCCAAGGCCUGGGGACCCUUGGAGGGACACCCCGUGCUGUGCUUGCAUGGCUGGUUGGACAACGCCAACACUUUUGACAAGCUCAUCCCACUUCUCCCCAGAGAGUGCUAUUAUGUGGCAAUGGAUUUUUCUGGCCAUGGUUUAUCGUCCCACCGACCUGCAGGCUCCCACUACCACCUUCUGGACUAUGUGAGCGAUGUGCGGCGGGUGGCAGCAGCCUUGCAGUGGAGACGGUUCACUCUGAUGGGGCACAGUAUGGGUGGGACUGUGGCAGGAAUGUUCAGUUUCCUCUAUCCUGAGAUGGUGGACAAGCUGAUCCUGCUGGAAAAUCUUGGCUUUCUGCUAGCUCCAGAGGACACUGAGGCGUGGCUGAAAUCAAAACGGAUGGUGAUUGACAGAUUACUGAGUCUAGAGGCAAAGCAGCAAACUCCCAAAGCACGGAGCCCCGAAGCAGCAUUGCAGAGGCUCUUAGAAGCAAACAGACAUCUGACAGCAGAGGGUGGGGCAAUCCUACUGCAGCGAGGAGCAACUGAGACACCCGCUGGGCUGGUGUAUAACAGAGACAUGAGAGUCCGUACGGAUCGAGAGUCCCUCACGGUCGAACAGUGUGUGAAGCUCCUGCAGAAGAUCCAGGACCGUGCUCUCAUCAUUGUAGCACAAGAUGGACUCUUGGUACCACACAAGCUAGACAACAGAAACCGCUUUGUGAAAGCCCUACGGGAGGCGUUUGAGUCUACCCUCAAAGAGCACAUCCAGCUAGUAGAGGUGCCUGGGAGCCAUUUCGUACACCUGAACGAGCCCGAGGUAGUCUCUGGGAUCAUCAGCAACUUCCUGACAGCACAGAACACCAGAGCCAGGCUCUAGGAAGCCCCCGUCACUGCUGCAACAGGCCAGAACAGGAAGCUAAAACAGGCUGUGAAGGAAUUCCCACCAUGCAUCCAAUGUGAGGUUCAUGAUACUCUUUCCUAAGCUUAGCUCACUGCAGGCUGGAAGCGGGUCUGUUGGGGGGGUUCCCUAGAGAAGAGCUGAGAAAAGUAUCUCGGUUGUUGAUGGGAAAAGCAAUCCCUUCUUCACUUCCAGCUCUGUAAGCACAGGGAUAGAGGCCUAGAGUGGCCUUCCCCUUGCUUGCUCCUGACUCACACCCUGAAGUGGAGCAUACAAGCAGACAAAUCCUCUGCAGAAGCAGCAGCACCAGCAUUUGAAGAGAGAGCUGGCUCAUCUCACCUUCUCCCUGAGGAUGGUGUGACCAGCUUCCUCCCAGGAUCAGAUUUACUGAAAAAACAGGAAAGUGUUCUGCUUCUCUGCUUACUUCCAUGGGUGCCUGAGCUGAGAGGGCCUGAGCAUCCUGUUCUACUGUGAGAGCUGCUGCUUUUUUAAAAACCAGCUUACAUAAGAGCUCACCUAGGCACAGAACACCAUUUUAAUGAACUCCUAGGGAAUCAGUCACUAAUUCUCAGCUGAAACAGCUGGGAGAGCUACUAAUAAUGGAAAAGUUGGCAGAGGUGAUUUCUGUCCUUCUAAAUAAAGAUUAAUCUCCCAA